AUGAUUUGCGUUCACUGUUCGGCGCCUGUUUCUUCAUUAUACGAGAGAUAUAAGGGAAACCAUAUACGAUUAGCUGUCUGCAACAAUUGUCAUCAGGUGGCUGAUAAGUACAUUGAAUAUGAUAAAGUCCUUCUUUUUAUAGAUUUGAUGCUAUUGAAGCCUCAACCAUACAAGCAUACUAUAUACAACCUCUUGAUCAUAAAUAAAAAGUAUGAAUGUCCAUGCAAUGACUUCAGGUUUAAAGAUUUGGAUACGACAAGGACAAAGCAGAAGAGUAUAAAGAAUGCGUCUAAUAACGAUAAUCAGACAUCUGGAAGCAACUUUUGGAAUACGUAUGGUUACGUGAUUCGAUUAACAAUCCUCUUGUUUUUAUUUGAAGUUUACAUUAAAUGGGCAUACGAGGAAAAGAACUUUGCAGAAAAUCCAGCUACAGCCUCCUUUGUCAUACAAAAGGUUCUCAAUGGUCCCUUACAGUACGUUUUCUUUCUUACGAUCACAGCAAUUGAAAGCAUGUGCUUUAAUAUCAGCUUGUGCUAUCUUUCUCGAGAAUAUUUAUCAUUUGGGAAAGGUGCAGACGAUCACGAAAAGUAUGAUUCCAACCUUCAGAUUGUUGUCACUGACCCGAAAAAAAAUGAUCUUUCCGUUUCAGACUUAAAGGAACAAUCAACGGCAAAAUUUUCUGAUAACAAGCUGUCUCUAGAGCGGUCAGUGGCGGUUAUCACAACAACGAUAUUAGUUACAAAUAUGAUCAAGUUGUUUCCUAUUGUGAUGUUAAUUUGGCCAUAUGAUAAUCUGAUUCUCAACAUGACCAGGAUUCUUAUUCAGUUUGUACACAUUGCGAUGCUUGUUGAAGGGCUGCAUAUUGUUUUGCUAGACAACGAGAAUAAUCAUUAUUGGAAAAUAACAUUAGUCGUACUUCUUAGCGAGCUUAUAAAAUUCGUGGUAUCGAAUAUCAUCAUCGAUUUGGGAUUCAAGUAUUGGUACGGCAUCUCUUGGAUAGAUCUUUUUACCGAUCAGUAUACGCAGAUAAAAAUGAAAGUGCAGUUGGGCGAGAAGCUAUUGGAUAAGGUUUUGAUAUAUUUGGGAUUAUAG